ACGGGCCGUCGUGCUUUCACCGUGGCGCACAUUGGAGCUGUUAGCAUCUGACAUUUCUACACAAAUUCAGCGCCAUUCGUUUAUUAUAAAGUUCUCAAAAAACAGCGACGCGGGAGAUAUGAGUGAACCGUUUGUCUAAAGCGCCUCGGUUUUACAGUGAUGUCUUUCCACCAGGAGCGCGGCGGGGGCAGCGGGUCCCAGCAGCACGGCUCCUCUCAGCCGUACCACGCCCCGAACCUCCACCCUCCUCCCCCGACCCCGCCCGGCGUCCCCCCUCCCCUCUGCCUCCGUCCUACCCCUACGACCCACAAUGCCCCUCCGCUCACCCUCCGCCGGGCUACCCCUACGGCAUGCCGCCCCCCCACGCCGACUUCAUGCAGUACCCGCCUCCCCCGUCGCUCCCUCCCCUCCUCCCUCCUCCUCCUCCUCCUCCUCCUCCUCGCAGUCCAACCCCCUCAGACCGCCCUUCCCCAAAACCGCGAUUCGCCAAGGUUUCCCGGACACCGCGCCCAACUUCCCGCCGCCUCCUCUCCAUCAGAACCCGUAUAACCCGUACAUGAUGCCGCCGCCGCCCUUACCGCCGCCGCCGCAGUCCGUAAACUACCCGCCGCCCUAUUACCCGCCUCACCCGCCCUUCCCGCCGCCCCAGUUCAACCCGGGAUACCCCCAGAGCCAAGGCCCGCCCAAACCGGACCCCGGCUAUCGUCACGGGAGCCACUUCAAGUACGAGAAAGCGCAGGAGGGCGGCAGGCGGUCGCCGGAGAGGGGGUACAGGCACGACGAGCACCGGCAGAAGGGCUACGGGGGUUACGGAGGAGGAGGAGGCGGGGACAGGCACAAGGCGGAGUUCGGGCGAGGGGACGGGAAGGAGAGGGGGAGGAGUCCGGACAGACGCGGCAGACCGGAGAGCGGGCGUUUCCGGCAGGAGUACGACCGAGGACGGACCCCGCCGCGGCACCGGAGCAGAGACAGGAGCAGGGAGAGGUAUCGCCACAGAGACAGCCGCAGGUCCCAGUCUCCAGACAGACACAGGAAAAGGCCCAGAAGCCGUUCCUCCAGCCGUGAUCGUAAACGUGGGCGGUGGGAGGACGAGAGGGACAAGCGCUCCGACAGUUCCUCCUCCAAAGACAGGGGGCACUGUUCCUCCCGGAGCCGAGACUUGGAGGACGGCUCCGCGGACCGAGAGAGGGAGCGGGAGAGGGAGAGAGAGCGGGAGAAAGAGAGGGAGCGGGAGAGGGAGAAAGGAGAGGAGGAGAAGGAGAAGGAGAAGGAGGAGGAGGAGCUGCUCAAACCUGCCUGGAUCCGCUGCACUCACGCCGAGAACUACUACUCCAACGACCCCAUGGACCAAGUGGGCGACUCUACGGUAGUGGGGACGAGUAAACUGCGAAAUCUUUACGAGCGUUUCGAGGAGGAGCUGGGGAAGAGGCAGGAGCGAGCGAAAGAAGCACGACCGAAAUGGGAACCUCCAAAAACCAAACUGGACGAAGAUCACGAGGGCAGCAGCAGCGAGUCCGAGUGCGAGUCUGACGCCGAGGGAAGCUCCUGCUCCUCCUCCUCGGACUCUGAAGUGUUCGACGUCAUCGCAGAAAUCAAGAGGAAGAAGGCUCAUCCGGACAGACUGCACGAAGAGCUGUGGUACAACGACCCCGGACAGAUGAACGACGGGCCGUUGUGUAAGUGCAGCGCCAAGGCCAGACGCACUGGGAUCCGCCACAGCAUCUACCCCGGAGAGGAGCCUGUGAAACUUUGUCGUCCGAUGAACAACAACGCAGGAAAACUGUUCCACUACAGGAUCACCGUGUCUCCGCCCACUAACUUCCUGACGGACCGGCCCACGGUGAUCGAGUACGACGAUCACGAGUACCUGUUUGAAGGCUUCUCCCUGUUCUCUCACACGCCGCUCACUAACAUCCCACUGUGUCGAGUCAUCCGCUUCAACAUCGACUACACCAUCCACUUCAUCGAGGAGAUGGCUCCAGAGAAUUACUGCGUCCGGGGUCUGGAGCUGUUUUCCUCGUAUCUGUUCCAGGACAUUCUGGAGCUGUACGACUGGAACCUCACAGGUCCAGACGAGGAGAAUGAGACGCCCCAGUGCCAGCGCUUCCACUUCAUGCCACGUUUUGUCAGAUUUCUUCCCGACGGGGGUAAGGAGGUUCUGUCCAUGCACCAGGUUCUUCUGUACGUCCUCCGCAGCAGUAAAGCUCUGGUCCCGGCGGAGGAGAUCGCGGACAUGCUUCAGUGGGAGGAGCUGGAGUGGCAGAAGUACGCCGAGGAGUGUAAAGGCAUGAUCGUCACCAACCCGGGCAUGAAGCCGAGCUCGGUGCGGAUCGACCAGUUGGACAGAGAACAGUUUAACCCCGAGGUCAUCACCUUCCCCAUCAUCGUCCACUUUGGGAUCAGACCUGCUCAACUCAGCUACGCAGGAGACCCGCAAUAUCAGAAGCUGUGGAAGAGCUACGUGAAACUGCGCCACCUGCUGGCCAACAGCCCCAAGGUCAAACAGAUGGACAAACAGAAGCUCACCCAGAGAGAGGAGGCCCUGCAGAAGAUCCGUCAGAAGAACACGAUGAGGCGGGAGGUGACGGUGGAGCUGAGCAGUCAGGGCUUCUGGAAAACCGGGAUCCGCUCCGACGUCUGCCAGCACGCCAUGAUGCUGCCCGUCCUCACCCACCACAUCCGAUAUCACCAGUGCCUCAUGCACCUGGACAGACUCAUCGGAUACGUCUUCAAGGAACGCUGCCUCCUACAGCUGGCCAUGACUCACCCCAGUCACCACCUGAACUUCGGCAUGAACCCGGACCACGCCCGGAACUCUCUGUCCAACUGCGGGAUCAGGCAGCCCAAGUACGGAGACCGGAAGGUGCACCACAUGUACAUGAGGAAGAAAGGAAUCAACACUCUGAUUAAUAUCAUGUCUCGACUGGGGCAGGACGACCCCUCCCCGUCCAGGAUCAACCACAACGAGAGGCUGGAGUUUCUGGGCGACGCUGUGGUGGAGUUUCUGACCAGCGUGCACCUGUACUACCUGUUCCCCAACCUAGAGGAGGGAGGACUGGCCACGUACAGAACAGCCAUCGUCCAGAACCAGCACCUGGCCAUGCUCGCCAAGGAGCCGGGGACGAGGGACGGGGGACGGGGACGAGGGACGGGGGACGGGGGACGGAGGACGAGGGACGGGGACGAGGACGAGGGACGGGCGGACGAGACGAAGGACGGGGGGACGAGGACGACGAGGACGAGGGACGGGGACGAGGGACGGGGACGGGGCGAGGACGGGGACGACGGGGACGAGGGACGGGGAACGAGGGACGGGGGACGGGGGACGGGGGACGGGGGACGGAGGACAGGGACGAGGGCGGGGACGGAGGGGGACGGGGGACGAGGGACGGAGGACGAGGGACGGGGGACGGAGGACGAGGGACGAGGGACGAGGGACGGGGACGAGGGGACGGGGGACGAGGGACGGAGGACGAGGGACGGGGACACGAACGACGACGGGGACGAGGGAGGGGACGGGGGACGGGGACGGGGGACGGGGGGGGACGAGGGACGAGGGGACGAGGACGGGGGACGAGGGACGGGGGACGAGGGACGGGGACGGGGACGAGGGACGGGGACGGGGACGAGGGGACGGGGACGAGGGCAGGGGCAGGGGCACAAAGGACAGGAACGACACAGACGUGGUGUCGGUCGUCGUCUCCCGUCGUCGUCCGUCGUCGUCAUGGUGUUGUUUUGUUUGGCAGGUGCUGUGUAUCUGGAGGGGGGACUGGACGAGGCCCGGCAGCUUUUCGGACGACUUCUCUUCAACACCGAGGACCUGCGGGAAGUCUGGCUGCACUACCCUUCACACCCCCUACAGGUCCAGGAGCCUCAGAGUGACCGACACCUGAUCGACACGUCUCCGGUUCUGCAGAAGCUCACCAGUUUUGAGGAGUCCAUCGGCGUCCUGUUCACGCACGUCAGACUGCGCCGAGCCUUCACCCUGAGGACCGUGGGCUUCAACCACCUCACGCUAGGUCAUAAUCAGAGGAUGGAGUUUCUGGGAGAUUCGAUCAUGCAGCUUGUGGCCACUGAGUAUCUGUUCAUCCACUUCCCCGAUCACCACGAGGGACAUUUAACUCUCCUGCGCAGUUCUCUGGUGAAUAAUCGGACUCAGGCUAAAGUGGCGGAGGAGUUGGGGAUGCAGGACUUCGCCAUCACCAACGACAAAACCAAACGGCCCGUCGCUCUGAGGACCAAGACGCUCGCCGACCUGCUCGAGUCCUUCAUCGCCGCUCUGUACAUCGAUAAGGAUCUGGAGUUCGUGCACACUUUCAUGAACGUCUGCUUCUUUCCUCGACUCAAGGAGUUCAUUUUAAACCAGGACUGGAACGACCCCAAGUCUCAGCUGCAGCAGUGUUGCCUGACCCUGAGGACGGAGGGCAAAGAGCCCGAUAUACCCCUGUACAAGACUCUGCAGACGGUCGGCCCGUCUCACGCUCGGACCUACACCGUGGCCGUUUAUUUUAAAGGAGAGAGAAUCGGCUGCGGAAAAGGACCGAGUAUCCAGCAGGCGGAGAUGGGAGCUGCGAUGGACGCUCUGGACAAAUAUAACUUCCCUCAGAUGGCUCAUCAGAAGCGCUUCAUUGAGCGCAAAUACCGACAGGAGCUGAAGGAGAUGAGACGAGAGCGAGAGAGACAGGAGCGGGAGAGCGACGACGCCGACGACGGGGGCAGGAAGUGAAAAACGACGCGCCGGCCAAUCGGGAGACGGCGCGGGACUCAACCGGCCAAUCGGGAGAAGACCUUGGACGCAAGCGGCGAAUCAGGAGAGAGUGACGACGAAGAGGAUGGUGGCAGAGAGGGAAAACAACACACCGGCCAAUCAGGAGACGGCGUAGGACUCAACCAGCCAAUCAGAACGUAGCAGAGGACUCAACCUGUUAAGAAGGAGGUGACGUAGAGCACCGAGUAGCCAAUCAGGAGACAGAACAGUGCUCUCCAAAACCAAUUUCCAAACCAAAACGUCAACUUAUCCAACUGAACCAAUCAGAACACGCCACACAUUCAAACCAGCCAAUCAGGAGACAGUGUAGCAAUGAAUUGGCCAAUAGAGUUUUUUUGUUUGUGGAACUUCUAUUUAAUGUUUUUCUGUGUCAAAAUGUGUGUGUAAAUGUGUGUGUAAAUGUGUAAAUGUGUAAAUGUGUGUCAAUUUAUCCACAACUAUCAAGAGAAAAAAGACCAAAACUUAAAGGAAACGACAACGACGCUUUAGUGACAAACUGAACUAAACUAAUGUUACGAUCAUGAAUAAAACAGAAGGAACUUGUUCACUCAAACUCGUUCUACUAUUAAAAUUUAAAAUUUAUUUCAUGAUGUUGAUCUUAGCACAGACAGAUUAGUACAGUUUGAAUGUGAAACAUCUCUAGAACCAUAACGUUUUGCUCAGUCGUUCACUAAAGCGGCGUCGUCGUUCUCCUUGAACCACUUAAAGGUCGUAUGGAGGAUUUUUUUUCAGUUUCACACUGUCAGUGAAAGUUUAAAAUACCAUUACAGACAUGCAGCAGCCUUGUAAUUAUGAUGACCAAAAAAAAAAAAGAAUGAAAAUCCAUCAACUGUGGACGUGUUGAGGCCAGAUAAACAUCAGCCAAUAGAAAACGAGGCUCCCUCAUUUUCUAUUGGCUGUUAGACUGUCAAUCAAACUCCCUAUGUUUCUAGUGUAAUUGACUCGUCGGCGCGCGGGGAUUACGUGGUUUAUGCGGCGGUUCUUAGAGGCUUUUUUAAACUGUAGCUUUCACGCAAUUCGCACAAAGAAUCCACGACCAGUUCACCGCAAAAGAAAGUCCGUUUUUGAGGUCGCUGAAAGACGAAGAGAAGGAGAAAAGGAGCAAAACCAAACUGAGGUGAUUCUUGGACAUUCCUUCCAGUAAUGGCGCGACUGAAGCAGACGAAGGGUCUAAAAACUGAUGCGUCGGUCACUAAAUUAUUUCUAGACAGGUCACUUCAACAGUGAUUCUGAACACGCACGGAUGUAAACAAGUGUGAUUUCUGGAGUAAAGAGGCGGGAGGAGAUGUUUCUACUGAGGCUGUGGAGGAGGAAGGUGGUGUCACACAUGCACAACAUUUGAAAAAGGACUGUCGCUGUAUUUCUCUUCCCUUAAAAAAUCCUCUAUACAAACCUUUAACGAGUGUCACAAAUACAAACAAACAAACAAACCGUUUGGAUCGAGAUACAAGCCAAAACAGCGAGUACAUCCCCCCAGUGCCGGUCAGUUCACGUGCAGGACGUUCCUCAGAACCUUUGGCGAGCUCUUGUUUUUAGUUGUUGCAAAUUUGGAACAUAAUCAU